GCCGCUGUCAGAACCGCAGAGCCGGGGCACAGCUGGCAGGGUGAGUCGGCUUCAACCAUUAUUUGAUCAGUGUUGAAACACUUUCAGCUCUUCUUUGCAUCUCCAGCUCAUGUUUGUUCAAACAAAACAAGGUUCUCGAGUCCCAGAUGACUGAAUUUCAUCUCCCUGGUGUUUCUUCAGCAGACUUUCUCUGUGUGUGGUGUGAUGUAACUCCUACUCCAGCUUCAUACACUGAACUCCGUCCUCAGUGAUGAAGAGCGAAGCUGCUGUGUGACCCGUUUGUAAUUUCAGGUUUCGGUGUCCAGGUGAACGAACACUGCAGCGCCGCUGAUGUCACGCUACACGACACUACACUAUGCCUUGUUGGUGCGUGCUGUUUAACUGUUGAAGUUGGACAAGAGCUCACUUUUCCAUCACCACUAGCAUCAUCUUCACAGGAACCAUGGCAGAUCCCCAACUCAUUAACCGCCCCAGAGUUAUGCCAUUCAUCCCCCAGAGCGCCAUUCCUCCUCGACCUCGGACUCCUUCCACGUCAGGGAACCGUCCCCAGGCUCUGUGGCCGCCGCUGGACUUCACUCUGGGUUCUCUGGCCUGCUGCGGCGCCUGUGUGUUCACCAACCCACUGGAGGUGGUUAAGACCCGUCUACAGCUGCAGGGGGAGCUGCAGGCGCGUGGCUCAUACCGUCAGCACUACCGAGGGGUGUUGCAGGCUCUCUGGCUGGUGGGACGCACCGACGGCCUGCGUGGCCUUCAGAAGGGCCUCGCCGCUGGACUGCUCUACCAGGCGCUCAUGAAUGGUGUCCGGCUCAGCUUCUACUCCUACACUCAGGUCUCCGGGAUCGCCGACGUGCCGGGGGGAAACGUGGCGUCAGGGGCAGCCGCUGGGGCUUUAGGGGCCUUCAUCGCCUCUCCUGCUUACCUGGUAAAGACACACCUGCAGGCACAGACUGUGGAGGCCAUCGCUGUGGGUCACCAGCACAAGCACCAGGGAAUCUCCAGUGCCUUCAUUACCAUAUACAGGCGUGAGGGCGUGACCGGUCUGUGGCGGGGUGUGAACGGCGCUGUGCCGAGGGUCAUGGUGGGCUCGGCAGCUCAGCUUGCCACCUUCAGCUCGGCUAAAGAGUGGCUCACACAGACACAGUGCUUCAGGCCUGACAGCUGGCUCAUCGCUCUGAUGGCGGCCAUGGUUAGUGGCGUUGCUGUGGCAAUCACCAUGACGCCGUUCGAUGUCAUCAGCACGAGGCUUUACAACCAGCCUGUGGAUGAGCUGAAGGGUCGGUUCUACACGGGGUUCCUGGACUGCCUGGUGAAAGUGAGUCGGACGGAGGGGGUUCUGGGUCUGUAUAAGGGGAUGGGUCCCGUCUUCAUGCGCCUGGCGCCUCACACCGUGCUCAGCAUGCUGCUGUGGGAUGUCAUGAGGCAAAAAGCUGUGCAGCACUGCGCUCUGUGAGGAGACCCACACAUCCGCCGCCAUCCUCCCCGUGUCUCAUCACACCUCCAUCCAGGUCUGAUGGAGAAAUCCAGGAAUCUCACACACAGGGAUGGAAGACUGAAGCGUCAAGUUCUUUUUCAUCGGACAGACUGAAGAGGGUCCUGGAAUUUAUUCUCACUGCUGGAGAUCUCUCUCUCUCUCUCUCUCUCUCUCUCUCUCUCAAAACUUUCUCGAGUUCUUCAAACUGCUGCUCGCCUUUCAGAGAACCCCACAACUUCUGCUGGUUUUCCAUUAAAUAUGCAAAUGAUUUGCAAAGUAGCUGAUGUCAUCAUGUGUUCUACAAUCAUGGUGCAUUCAGUCACAGAGUCGGACUUGUGUAAUGUGAACGCAAACGUGAACAUUUCAAUUGGCAAAAGUUGUUGCUAGACAGUGGGGAAGGAUGGACACGGUGUUCCAGUUAUCUCAUGAGUGAGGUGAAAAAUUUAGCUACCUGGUAGAGACAGAUGCGGGCCCACAUACAAUGAUGGGAGAGAAUCGUCUCACAUGUCAGCAUUUCCCUCAAAUAUUUUAGUUAGUUUCCUGUGUGUGAGAGCGAGAGAAAAAGAGAGAGAAAAUACGUUUAAUCAUGUGAAAUAAUGUCAUGAAGGACGGGAUGCACUGUAGUUUUCCAUGUGACGCUGCUUCAGCUCUGAUGUUUUGACUGUUGCGUAAUUGAUUUUUUAUUUAUUUUAAUUAACAAACUGAAAGUUCCUGGCUGAUCGGAAGAAGACUGAUAAAGCCUGGGAAAAAAAAACGCUUGAAACCCAGUUGAAUGCUGUAAGAUUCAUGAAAAUGGAACUGAAAUGUGUUUCUGAGUGAAUGUGUUAAAAUAGAACUAAUGACUUAGAAUUUUUUAAAGAAGUGAAUCUAAUAUUUUAAAAAAUGGCUAAUUUUUGGGCGUGGUGUUUCCUGGCUUUAUUUCUGAGGCUAUUAGUCAUUGAGUGAGUUAAAGUCGUCCUGAAAUAAUUGAAGAAACUAAUUUUACAGAUAAAAACUAUAUUUUAUGUAUUAUUAUUAUUAUUAUUAUUAUUAUUAGGGCGGCACGGUGGUGUAGUGGUUAGCGCUGUCGCCUCACAGCAAGAAGGUCCAGGUUCGAGCCCCGUGGCCGGCGAGGGCCUUUCUGUGCGGAGUUUACAUGUUGUCCGCGUGGGUUUCCUCCGGGUGCUCCGGUUUCCCCCACAGUCCAAAGACAUGCAGGUUAGGUUAACUGGUGACUCUAAAUUGAGCGUAGGUGUGAAUGUGAGUGUGAAUGGUUGUCUGUGUCUAUGUGUCAGCCCUGUGAUGACCUGGCGACUUGUCCAGGGUGAACCCCGCCUUUCGCCCGUAGUCAGCUGGGAUAGGAUCCAGCUCGCCUGCGACCCUGUAGAACAGGAUAAAGCGGCUACAGAUAAUGAGAUGAGAUGAAUAAUAAAAUUGUUUCUGUUUAAUGCUAGUUUUUUUUUUUUUUUUCAAAUUCAGGGUCAACAAUUAAACAUUGUUUUUAGUUCAGCGCUUUUUUUUUCCUGAUUGAUCGACAGUUUAUUCUGCAAUUGAGUUUUGAUGCUGAGUUUAUUAUUUAAGAUGAUUAUUAUUAAUUGUUCAUCAAACAAGAGCGUAUUAAAGAGC